AGACAGGGGCGGGGCGUCCAAAUUCUCGCGAGACUCUGCAGCGUCUCUGGCUCUUUCUCACGGAGUUUCGGUCAGUCAGUUUCGUCCCGCCGCUGACUCCGGAGGUGGACGCAGCGAUGUCGCUGCCGGGCUCGCCGAUGUCUGCGGGGCCGCGUUGGGCCCCGACGCACGUCCAAGUGACAGUCCUCCAGGCGCGGGGCCUGCGGGCCAAGGCCAAGGGGGGCGGCGGGAGCGAUGCCUACGCCGUCAUGGCGCUGGGCAAGGAGAAAUUCGCCACCUCGGUGGCCGAGCGGUGCCUGGGCUCGCCCGUGUGGAGGGAGGAGGCCACCUUCGAGCUGCCGCCGCCGCCGCGACGCGGCCUGUCCGGCUACGAAGAAGAAGGAAGGGGCGCGCAGCCUGCCGUUCUCCAGCUCACCGUCUCCCAUCGCGCCCUGCUGGGGCUGGACAAGUUCCUGGGGCGCGCCGAAGUCAACCUGGCUGAACUGCAGAACGAGGGUGGCCGAAGGACCACACGAUGGUAUAAGCUUCACUCCAAACCGGGGAAAAAAGAAAAAGAGAGGGGUGAAAUAGAGGUGGAUAUCCAGUUCAUGAGGAGCAACAUGACAGCCAGCAUGUUUGAUCUGUCUAUGAAAGAUAAAUCCCGGACUCCAUUUGGCAAGCUGAAAGAUAAACUGAAGGGGAAACGAGGAAAUGGAUUGCCAGAUACAGCUUCUGCGAUUAUUCCUAGCAUAACUCACUCACUAGCUGACAGUGACGAAGAGUCAAAUGAGAAAGAGAAGGAAAAGAAAAAAUCAAAGUUCAAGACUCUAUUUUCAAAACCUGGCUUGCAGAAAAGCAAUAUCUCCCAGUCUAUGUCUGUGCUACCUUCUCUCCAACCAGUUACAGAGAGAGUGAGGCUUAGACCCAGUGACUUUCAGUCACAGUGGGAUGAUGAUGAUGAUGACACUUUAACUCCAGUCUCAGAGAAACCCCCUGCAAAUAGAGCUGAAGAUAACUUCCUUUAUCCUCCUUCUGGAAGAUCUCAUAAACGAACAGGUAGUGCAGAUUCCAAGCAAUUGAACCAAAUUGCAUCCAGCAGCACCAAGAAAGAUGGGCAUUCUUUAUUUGGUGGUCUCAAGUCCAAAAAUGACCCAGUUUCCCGUUCCAAUGUAUGUAUCAAUGGCAGUCAUGUUUACGUGGAAGAGUGUGAUCCAAAAAGUGAUACCAUUCUAAAAGAGAACACUCCAUCUUCCACUUCCCCUUCCCCUCAGACAUCCCGACGAAAGCAUCUCUUUUCGUCUCAAGAGAACCUGACUUCCAUUCCCAGUAAGGACCCUGAAGUGACUGGAAGACUUGCUCUUGACAAAGGACCACCUGAGUCUUCCUCACUGGAGUCCUUUAAAGCCAGUUUGCCAUCGUACAAACUGCUUAGUAGUGGGGAUUUGCUAGAAAGUAUUGCUCCAAUGAUUUCAGACACUUCAAAAGAAAUCAAGAAGCAGGAGAACAUGAAGUCUGCCUUGCUGUCCCUUGUAACAGGGAAAAAGGAAGCUGAAAACAGUUCAGAGGUUUCUGUGAAGGUCAAGGAAGUGAAACAUAAUGAGAGAGAAUUGGCAGGAAAAGAGACAACCCCCUGUGAAGUUCCUGUGGAUUGCAGAAGAGACCAAGGGCCAGAUAAGAGAAAAUCCACAAAUGCUGCUAUUCCAAAGGCAUCUUUCAACCCCUUUACUGAGAACACUGAAGAAGAGAAAUCAGAAAAAAGUGCAGCUUCUGUGAAACCAUCCCAGGCCAGACCCAUCAAACCCAGACUGGGCGUGUCUUCAGAGGAUGAAACCAAAGCCACUUCUGCUGAUUCUGUACCCCCUACUGUUUCUCUUUUCUGUCUUUCCCAUCCCUCUAGUAAUGACAAUAACCCUUUUACCUCUAAACACAUUCUAGAAUGGAAAACCGAAGCUCCCAGUCAUUCUGCUAGUCCAGCAUUAAAACUUUCUGCACAGCAUGGCAAUAAUCCUUUCACUCCUAACUGGGGACAGGAAUCCAAAGAAGAUGACACAGAAUGCUUUACAGCUAGUCCUUUCUGCAGGCCUUCUGCAGUUGCUGGCAGUGAAAACAAUCCUUUUGCUUCUAAUUGGAGGCAGGAAUCUCAGACAGAGAAUUCUGAAAAUGUGACUAAAUCUCCAGUGUAUCUUUCCCAUCCUCCUCCAAAUUCUGUUCAUGAAGGUUCUGUUGUAACUACACUGGACAAUGAUUCUGAAAGUAUUACCAGUCCUGCUUCUUCUGUUACCUUUCCUCCUACUGCUUCUGACCAAGAGCAUAACACUUCAGCAGACAACACUGCUGAUUCAGAGCUCUAUCCUACUGUGCCUUCAGAGACCCCUCGGAGUGAAGAUCAGAUAGAUCCUGUGGGGACUGUUCCCAGGUCUCUUUCUGGAAGUCCACCUGUACGUUUUUAUGACAAGAUUGGGCAGAUCCUAAAGACACAGCGAAAUGACAAAGGAGUACAAGUGGUGACACCAUUUAAAGAAAACAGUGGAAGCAUAAAGAAGUCAGUGACCUUUGCUGUUGAUGACAUGAGAGAUGACAAUAGAGUAAAUAGUGGUGAUGAGGUUUCCGAUGGAGAUCUGGUUGAGAGUGGGCCUCAUGGGGAAAGUGAGAAUACAGUAGAUCCCACUGGAGGCGAAGGGACACAAAUACAUGAACUUAGUGUGGAGGACUGCUAUUUAUCCGUGCCUGAUGAUAGAAGAAUCACUGUGGUUCAUAACAGUGAGAGCCCCCUCGAAAGAGAGAAUGAAAUCAGCCCCUCAGUUAAAGAAGAACCACCAGUACCAAUUCAAAGAGUCCUUAGAAUGUCACCCAAGGAACCAGACGUGUCGGAUAUAGUAUUGAGUAGUACUUCUUCCUUUGUACCACCACCAAAGCCAGCCCCAAGAAGUGCUCAAAAACUAAAAAAGGAACCUUUUUCUGUGUCUGAAGCAAAGCUAGAAAAUAUGGCCAGUUCUUCAGAGAUAGAGUUGCAUACAGAUACUUCUCUAUUUUCCAGGGAAAAUCCAACAACUGUUAAUUUAGCAGCAUCUAAACUUAAUCCUGAAAGUGAGGAUGAACUUCCUCAGAGCAUUAAUAAUGAUCACUCUGACACUCCCACAGGCAAACAGCUGGACAUUUUAGCUGUUGAAGAAUUGUAUUUAAAACCAGCUGCCCUUCCAGUUAUUCCUGAAGUAGGAUCUGAUGAUGAGCAGCUAAGCGACAUCCAAAAAGAUGAUGUAGGCUUGUCAAGCCCCAGAGAUGGUUCUUCACAAUUGCAGUCUUCCGUUGAGAGGGAGCUGGCCUCAGACAAGAAGACUACUGGUGAGAGAGAGACUGUAUCACUGCUUGUGAAAAAGGCUGGUCUUGAUGAUGAUUUUAAAUCAAACAACUUGUCAGUCUGUCCUUCAUCAGUAGUACUUGAGAAUGAAAAUGAGAACAUAAAAGGGUCAGAACAGAAGGAUGUUAACAGUAUGAAGGAAAUGGGUGAUUGUCCUGAAUUCUCUGAUAAGUCUGCUUCUCUUUCUUCUCUGUCCAGUUCUUCUCAGCCUUACUCUGCUAGUUCUUUCCAGUCUGAUGCUCUCAGCUCUAAUAAAGCAGAAUCUCCGAAAAAAUCUGCAGUGGAGGGCUUGGAUGUCAAAGUGGACAGUUCUGGCAAGAAGAAGCUGCUUCAGGCAAGGGUUUCACCCUCUGAAACACAUUCCAAUCAAACUCAGCAGAGCGGUGGAACUGUGCCUGCUAAGCUCAGACUUCAUCCUGUGAAGCCAAUGAAUACUACAACAAAUAAACCACCUGCAAAAACCUUGAACGUCACUGCAAAGAUCCUGGAUAACCAAAAUGAAACCAAUCUAAAGAAAUAUGACCCUUCAGAUCCUGCUUAUGCUUAUGCUCAACUAACACAUGAUGAGCUGAUCCAGCUGGUCUUAAAACAGAAAGAUGUGAUAGCAAAGCGAGAUAACCAAGUGCGGGAGCUGGAAGACUACAUUGAUGAUUUGCUGGUCAGAGUCAUGGAAGAAACUCCAAACAUUCUUCGGGUACAACCCAGCCUGAACAAAAAAGCCGGAAGGAUGUAAAAUGGCAAUGAAAUCCAAAUAAGGGCUUCUCUGUUACUCAUAUUUUAGAAGUGGAGAACGUGAAAAUGUUGAUAUUGAAAUUAACUGCUCUUUGUACCAAAGCAAAUUAUUUUUUCCCCUUUCUUGACUUGCCUCGCCUCAUUUUUGGAGACUGGUUAAUAUGAUAUAAUGCAAAAUGAAAAUUCUGAUGGGAGAGGGCAAACACUCUCAUAACAUGUUGUCAUUGUACAUGUUUUGCUGCUGUAUUAGGGUUAACAGCCUGAGAUCAUGGAUUGUGGAAAGAGUUACGAGCCAGUUUUAAAUCUGUGAAUAAUUCUGUAACUGGAAUAUUUUUGAAGGGGUUAAAAAUGGAUGCUUCUGCAGUAUCUUACAAAAGGAUAAACUCUUGGACUUCUUAGGUUAUUCUUAGUGCACUAUAGCAAUCAUAUGCUAAUUACAUUCAAGAGAUUGAAAGGAAUGCAAGUGAAAAAGCAUUGUUGCAUCAUCAUGAAGUGCCUUAUUUUGCCUGAGUUGCUUGAAAACAAGCACUUCCAUCAAAGCCUAGAUGCACUUUUGCUUACAAAAACUAAGCACAAAGCAUUUGGAAUAUCUCUUAGUCCUUUUAAAAUGAAAAAGACAUUUCAGUUCUCAUCCGUUGGGGGGGGGGGAGCUUGUGCCAUACAAGCUUGCAGUGGAUUGUGCAAAGUUUACUUAUUUUGCCCAGAGUGAAAUGUAACUGUGCUGUUUGCAAGCAGCUCUUACUUGCCUUAAUCUUACUGUUUUGAUAAAGUUAUACACAAGUAAGAAAAGAUGAGAAUGCUAAAUAUUUAGGCACUCCUUCCAUACUUGAUACAAAGAUUCUUUCAUUUAGAUUAGAUUCCUUUCAUACCAACAAACUACAGUUGUUUGUUUAUAUUGCUUCACUCACUGGAACAUGCUGAUCGGCUGCAUUCUUGAGCAAUAAGAGUAGCCACAAGGGAAAGGUGGGGCAGAUGUAUUUCAACAAAUACCCUUCCCCAGUUUACUGGAUUGUGCCCUGAAUGGAUGAGUUGCUAGUUAAAUUCUAGUAGAGCCUUUUAUUUUAAAUCUUAUAGGGGAAAAUUCAAUUGCUGUUUGCAUUUCACAUUUCUGUUUGCUUCUGGGCUGGCCAUUUGCUCAUUGUACAGAUUGACUUGCAAAGGUUCAGUUUAGUAGAUCUCAUAGCAGAGCAUUCAACAUGUUUCAGUAUACAAUAGUAUGGAAAAUGGAUGUUCAGUUGUUUGUAGUUGAAGCUAAAUUCGAUCUACUUUACUUUUAGGAAACUGAUGAAAAUCUUAACUUGCAUAUGCCCAGAUACCACUCCCAAGUGUUGUCUGUAAAGUCGCUUGAUCCAUUUUAAUACACAGUCUUUGUGAAUAACUACUGUAUCAUUAUUUCUAUACAUUUCUGCACUUUUAAAGAGGGCUGAAGUUGGCACUGAACAGCCCUUGAGACCUCACAUUCCCAUGUACUUGUAAGACUUGAUUAUAAAUUGGUCAGCUAAAAUCAAAGAUCUGACUUUCACUGAAUGGUGGUACUUUAGUGAUAAUGAAGUCAGAUAAUACAGCAUGUAGAGCAAGCAACAUACAUUUGCAGUAUUCUUUCUCAAGAAGUGCAGUUCAUAUGACUUGCACUGUUUUUGUAAUGAUAGCCUAUCUCUAUGCAUUUUAAGGGUUAGGUAUAAAACCCAGUGUUCGGACAUAUGAUUCCAAGUGUGUGGUUAUUUUCUCCAUUCUUUCCAUAAAUCAUGAAUAGACUAGUUUGUCUGUUUGCAUAGCGCUUGUUCUCACCACGGAAUUAACUGACUGAAGCUGUUCUUUUUUGCUUCAGCAUUGUAGUAGAGUGCGCGUGCACAGCAGUUAUGAACAUUGAAAGGAGAGGAGCUAUUGUGUCUGUGAUAUGGUCUUCCCACAUGCCUCUGGCUCCCUGAUAAUGGGAAAUUUUUUUAGUGUACAAACACAUCUGUCAUGUUACACAUCUUAAGGCGCUUGGGCCCCUGUGUGAAGAUAUCCUAACUUGUUUAAAUAAAUCAAAUUACUACUUCCCUCUAGCUUUUCAUUUUAAGUGAUUCACUGAUUCUUUUAUAGUGCCAGCUGGAGCUGUGGCACCAUACUGUAUGUCUACUGCUUUUGGCGAGAAAUGUUUUAUAAAGAGGUUUAUAUUAGAAAAUAUAAUGCCUGGUGGGUUCUGUUCCAUUUACUUAAUGACACAUAUGCCAGGAAAAUCUCUUGCAACAAAUGGGAGUCAGCCUCUUAAAUAGAACCAUUGCUGUUGAAUGUGCCUGCUGUUUUAAUACAGUUUGUACCAGAGAGAUUUCCAGUUGAUUAUGGGAAUCGCAUGCAGGGGAAGUGAUGUCUCUGGGUCAAAAUCAGUAGACUGUUCCUUCAUAUGAAGUCUUGAUCUGUUGUACAAUUUCCAUGAGUUGAUCAGUGGGCAAUGAAAAUGGAUCAGUAGGUAAUGAAAACUGUUCCUUGCAAUCUGUGCCUUCUAAAGAGUACUUUAUGACUAAAUACAAUCAGGGCAUCAAUUUGCUGGUGUGUUCCUAAAAUAUACUGUCAUAGUGAACAAUACAAAUACAGCUUCUCUCAUGUGCUCAGUGCUUAUUAUUGAAGGAUCUGAAUAUAUGUUAUUUAUUUUCUGCCUUGUUACUCUUGGUACUUACAGUUCCUUGGUUUUUAUACAAAGACCUUCAGCCUCAUGGACUGUUAAAAUAAAGUUAUUUUAAAUUUGUGUGAA